GCCUGGCUCGCGUCGGGUUCCUGCUAUCUUCAGCAGCAAAAUUCUAGCAAAGGAUAAGAAAAACGGGGUGGAUUUACGAAAUAACAGGACAGGAGGUCACGUAGCUUGACCAGUUAGAAAGAAGGGAGUUCUUAGAUUUUGGGACCUUAGUUUGAUGUACAUGUACUCUUAACUGAGCCAAGAUGACAGAGAUUGAUACUUCUAUCCCUACCGGGGUACGUUGGGGAGAUCCCAACCAGAACAUGCAGAAUAAUAUGACCAAUGAUGAUUGGGAAAGCGGUGACAACUCGUCGAAGUUGUUUGAGAGGUCCAGGAUCAAGGCCUUAGCAGAUGAGCGUGAAACUGUACAGAAGAAAACCUUCUGUAAGUGGGUGAACUCACACUUGGCUCGCGUAAACUGCAAGAUCAACGACCUGUAUGUGGAUUUAAGAGAUGGUCACAUGUUAAUCAAAUUGCUAGAAGUUCUGUCUGGAGAAAGAUUGCCAUACCCGACCAAAGGAAAAAUGAGAAUUCACUGCCUAGAAAAUGUGGACAAGUCACUCACUUUUCUGAAUGAGCAGCGUGUCCACCUUGAAAACAUGGGUGCUCACGAUAUUGUUGAUGGAAACCCCAGACUAACUCUGGGUCUCAUUUGGACCAUUAUCCUCAGAUUCCAGAUUCAAGACAUCACAUUCGAAGAAGCUGACAACAGCGAGACCAAAUCAGCUAAAGACGCCCUCUUGUUGUGGUGCCAGAUGAAGACUGCCGGCUAUACCAAUGUCAAUAUUCGUAACUUCACAACCAGCUGGAGGGAUGGUCUUGGCUUCAAUGCCCUGAUCCACAAACACAGGCCUGACCUGAUCCAGUAUGAGAAACUCCACAAGUCCAAUCCUAUGUACAACUUGGAGAACGCCUUUGGCGUUGCUGAGGAUAGACUUGGCCUCACCAGGCUCCUGGACCCAGAAGAUGUGAGUGUAGAGCACCCAGAUGAGAAAUCUGUCAUCACCUAUGUGGUCACCUACUACCACUACUUCUCCAGAAUGAAACAAGAAACAGUCCACACCAAGCGUAUUGGAAAGGUCGUUGGACAUGCAGUUGAGAAUGAACGCAUGAUGGAAGAAUACGAAAGCCUGACCUCCGACCUCCUAGCUUGGAUUGAAGAAACCAUCACUGUCCUGAACGAUCGUACCUUUUCGAACUCCCUACAGGGUGUUCAGCAGCAACUGGCGCAGUUCAACACGUACAGAACUGUUGAGAAACCGCCCAAGUUUGUAGAAAAAGGAAACCUUGAGGUGCUGCUGUUCACCCUCCAGAGCAAGAUGCGAGCCAACAACCAGAAGCCGUACUUCCCCUCAGAAGGAAAAAUGAUAUCAGCCAUCAACAAGGCCUGGGACAAACUAGAGAAAGCAGAACACGAAAGAGAAUUGUCUCUAAGAGAGGAACUGAUAAGACAAGAGAAACUAGAACAGCUUGCUGCCCGCUUUGACCGCAAGGCCGGUAUGCGUGAGACCUGGCUGAGCGAGAACCAACGUCUUGUCGCCCAGGAUAACUUUGGCUAUGACCUCGCAGCCGUUGAGGCCGCCACGAAGAAACAUGAAGCCAUUGAAACUGAUAUCAAUGCGUAUGAGGAGAGAGUACAGGCUGUGGUUGCAGUUGCCAACGAACUGGAACAAGAGACCUACCAUGAUAUUGAUAGAAUUAAUGCUAGAAAAGACAAUGUAUUGAAACUAUGGAACUACCUUUUGGAACUACUCAGAGCCCGUAGACUUAGGCUUGAAUUAUCCCUAUCCCUGCAGAAAAUAUUCCAAGAAAUGCUUUACAUUUUGGAUUGGGUGGAUGAAAUCAAGGUCCGCUUGUUGUCUGAAGAUUAUGGCAAACACUUGAUGGGUGUGGAAGACUUGCUACAGAAGCAUAGCCUGCUCGAAGCUGACAUCAACGUCGUCGGCGAGAGAGUCAAAUCUGUCAAUGGCCAAGCUAACAAGUUUGUGGAUGGAGAAUUCCCAGAAGUUGGCGAAUAUCGUCCAUGCGAUGCCCAGAUUGUCACCGACCGCAUGAGCCAUCUUGAAGCUGCCUAUGAAGAGCUUCUCCAGCUUGCGGCCGAGCGUCGUUCCCGCCUCGAGGACUCGCGCAAGAUGUGGCAGUUCUACUGGGAUAUGGCCGACGAGGAGGGCUGGAUCAAGGAGAAGGAACAGCUGAUGUCUUCACCAGAUCUUGGUCACGAUCUGACCACGGUGCACCUGUUAUUAACCAAACACAAGGCCGUGGAAGAUGAGCUCCAGUCACGUCACAGCCAUCUCCAGACUGUCAUCCGCGUUGGCGAGGACUUGAUCGAAGCAGGCAACUUUGCCGCAGACAAGAUUAAGAAUCGUAUUGAUGAGAUUAACACCCAAUGGGACAACCUUAUUGAACUGGCAGCAUACCGUAGGAAGCGUCUCUUGGAGGCAGUCGACUUCUAUCAGUUCUUUGCUGAUGCUGAUGAUGUGGAUACCUGGAUGCAUGAUACCCUGCGCCUCGUUUCCAGUGAGGAUGUUGGACAUGAUGAGUCUAGUGUACAGUCUCUCCUAAAGAAACACAAGGAUGUCACAGAAGAACUUGAGAAUUACAACAGCGUCAUUGUUGCCCUACACGAUCAGGCACAGAGUCUUGGUGAGCAGGACCGCGAAUCCACAGAAGUGUCGUCCCGCCUUGGCAUCAUCGAUCGUCGUUAUCAAGAACUCAUCGAGUUUGGCAAACUCCGCAAACAACGACUGCUCGAUGCCUUGUCUUUGUAUCAACUCUACACCGAGGCUGAUAUUGUUGAGUCUUGGAUUGAAGAGAAGGAGAGGUUACUGGCCACAAUGGUACCUGGUGACGACAUUGAAGAGCUCGAGGUGAUCAAGCACCGAUUCGAUGGCUUUGAGGUUGAAUUGAAAUCAACUGAAGCCAAGGUCAACACUGUCAACCAACUGGCAAGACAGCUUCUUCAAGUGGAGCAUCCCAACUCAGACCAGGUCGUUGAAAGACAGAACCAACUCAAUGAGAAGUGGCUUGAACUCCAGAAGAUCAUUGAAUUGAAGAGAAAGAAUCUUGGCACAGCAUAUGGCAUCAAGACCUUCCACAUUGAAGUCACAGAAACUAUGACUUGGAUCCGUGACAAGACGAAAUUGAUUGAAUCAACUGAUGAACUCGGAAAUGACUUGGCCAGUGUGAUGGUGCUCCAGAGAAAGCUGAGUGGCAUGGAGAGAGAUCUUGCUGCCAUUCAGUCAAAGUUGGAUGCUCUCCAGGGAGAGGCUGACAGCCUGGCAGAUGCCAAGCCAGAAGAAGCAGAAGCCAUCAGAGAAAAGUUCACACAGAUGACAGAAGUAUGGACAGAACUCAAAGACAUGUUGAAAGAACGUGACGAGAAAUUGAACGAAUCAAGUGAGCUUCAGAAGUUCCUCCAGAAUCUUGACCACUUCCAAGCCUGGUUGGGAAAAACACAAACCACGAUUGCAUCGGAAGAUAUCCCCCAGAGUCUCUCUGAGGCAGAACAACUCUUGAACACACAUCAACAGCUGAAGGAGGAGAUCGAUGCGUAUGAACCAGAUUAUGAGAGCAUGAUGGAGUACGGUCGCAAGGUGACCGAGGGACAGACAGAUGCCCAGUACAUGUUCUUGAGCCAGAGGUUGCAGGCUCUUGAUGAAGGAUGGCACGAGUUGCAGCAGAUGUGGGAAAACAGACAGCUGCUGCUGUCACAGAGCAUGAACUUGCAGAUGUUGCUGCGUGACGGUCUUCAAGUUGAGGUCCAACUCAGCAAGCAAGAGAACUUCCUGUCUAAGGAAGAAGUGCCUAGCACCAUGGUUGGACUAGACAAGCAGGGUUCAUUGGAACAGGCUGAGAACAUGAUCAAGCAGCAUGAAGCGUUCAUCACCACCAUGGACGCAAAUGAUGAGAAAGUGAAUGCUGUCCUGCAGUUUGCCAAUAGGCUCACUGAAGAAAAUCACUACGCCUCCGAGAAAAUUACCAUGAAAUCGGACAACAUUGAAGAAAGACGCAAUGCCAACCGUGAGCGUGCUUAUGAGCAGUUGAACAAGCUCAAGGAUUCACUUCUGCUGCAGCAGUUCAUGCAAGAUUGUGAUGAUCUUGCUGAUUGGUUGCAAGACAAACAGAUCGCGGCCCAGGAUGAGACGUACAGGGAUGCCAAGAAUAUUCACAGUAAAUACAUGAGACAUCAAGCAUUUGAAUCAGAAGUUGCCGCAAACAAGGACCGUCUAUUAAAAAUACAGCAAGAUGGUGAGGACCUCAUGCGAGAGAAGCCAGAAUUUGCCCCUGAGGUCCAAGAACGGUUGGACAACUUGAAUUCCUCCUGGGAAGACCUGGAGACACAGACAGAAGACAAAGGCGCACGACUGUUUGAUGCGAACCGGCCAGUUCUUUAUGAACAGAACAUUGAUGAUAUCGAUGGCUGGGUGAAGAGCCUUGAGACCGAGAUUGUUCCUGAUGAGGUCGAGGAAAUCAUGACCGAGAAUCUUGCCAGUGUUAACUUGGCUGUCAUGAAACAAGAUCAACGUGAACAAGAGUUGCUGGUCAAGAAGCAACAAGUUGAGAAACUAGAAAGUGAAGCCCAUUAUAUUAAGGAUAUGGACCCUGAGAAGAGGAUGGAAAUCCAGAGGAAGAAGGAGUUGAUUGAACAGAGAUUCCAACAGCUGCAGGCUCCUCUCGUUGAAAAGAGAACUAAGCUGGAGAAGAAGAAGAAAUAUCACCAGUUCUUGCGUGAUAUUGAGGACGAGAGGCUGUGGAUCGAGGACAAGAUGAGACUAGCCUCAUCUGACAAUUAUGGCAACAGUCUGCUUAGUGUUCAGAUGUUGCUCAAGAAAAAUAAGUCACUGAGACAAGAAGUUGACAACCAUGAGCCACGUAUUCACAGCGUCUGCAACGAUGGUCGCGAGAUGAUUGAAGAUGGUCAUCCCCAGUCUGAGGACUUCCAGCAGAGAAUCGAUGAGGUCAUGACCAAUUGGGAUGAUCUAAAGAAUGCUAUUGAGAAGAGGGAGGAGAGGCUCGGACAGUCUGAGGUUGCACAACAAUACUUUUUCGAUGCGUCAGAAGCAGAGUCCUGGAUGAGCGAACAGGAGCUUUACAUGAUGGGAGAGGACCGUGCCAAAGAUGAGAAUGGUGCAAACAACAUGAUGAAGAAACAUCAAGCACUAGAGAAGGUCAUUGAAGACUACGCAGAAACCGUGCGAGAUCUUGGAGAGAGGAGUAGAGAUUUGGCGGAUAAAGAUCACCCAGACAGUGACCAGAUUGGUUUACGCCAGUCCCAGGUUGACAAACUCUAUGCCAGCUUGAAGGAUUUGUCAGGAGAUCGUAAAGGUCGGUUGGACGAGGUCCUCAAGCUGUACAUGAUGAACAGAGAAAUUGAGGACCUCCUGCAGUGGAUUGCCGAGCGCGAGGUGGUAGCUGGCUCUCAUGAACUUGGACAGGAUUAUGAACAUGUCACUAUGUUGAAGGAUCGAUUCGCAGACUUUGCCAAGGAGACAGAGGCCACAGGCACAGAGCGUGUCAAUGAUGCCAACGAACUUUGUGAUCAACUAAUUGGCAUCGGUCAUUCGGAUGCUGCCACCAUUGCUGAAUGGAAAGACGGAUUGAAUGAAGCCUGGACCGACCUACUAGAACUCAUGGAAACUAGAACCCAAAUGUUACAGGCGUCUUGGGACUUGCACAAGUUCUUCCAUGAUUGUAAAGACACCUUGGAGAGAAUUUAUGAAAAGCAGAACAUUAUCCCUGACGACCUUGGCAGAGAUGCUAAGACCGUUGCUGCACUACAGAGGAAACACCUCAAUUUCGAACAUGAUUUAAUCACUCUUGGAAACCAGGUGCAACAAAUCCAAGAGGAUGCGGGCCGUCUCAUCACAGGUUAUGCUGGCGAGAGGGCACAAGAUAUCCGCAACCGGGAGGCAGAGGUUGUCAACGCAUGGCGUAAUCUUCAUGUCGUGUGUGAAUUCCGCAAAAACAAAUUGGCAGACACCAGUGAUUUAUUCAGGUUCUUCAACAUGGUGCGUGAUCUGCGAUUGUGGAUGAAGGACAUACUCCGACAGAUGACAACACAGGAAAAGCCAAGAGAUGUAUCAGGUGUAGAAUUGUUGAUGAAUAACCAUCAGAGUUUGAAGGCUGAGAUUGACGCCAGAGAAGAGAACUUUGCCAUCUGUGUCAACCUUGGGAAGGACCUGUUGGAGAGGAAGCACUACCGACAAGAGGAAGUACGCGAGAAGCUCAUUCAACUGACAACAGAGAGGUGUACGAUGAUGGAUCAGUGGGAGGAUCGCUGGGACUACCUUCAACUUAUCUUGGAGGUGUACCAGUUUGCCCGUGAUGCUGCCGUGGCCGAGUGCUGGCUAAUGGCACAAGAACCAUAUCUACACAACCAAGAUCUUGGGCAAAGCCUUGAAGAUGUCGAAAACCUUAUCAAGAAGCACGAGGCAUUUGAAAAAUCUGCUGCCACCCAGGAAGAGCGGUUCGCAUCGCUGGAGAGAUUAACUACUUUCGAAUUGCGGGAACGCAAGAAGCGCCAAGAUGCAGAGUUCCGCAGCCAACACCCAGAGUUAGAUGAAAAGACGACAGCACGAGAAUUACGUCUGCAGAAGUUGAUAGAAGAAUUCUUACCACCUCCAGAAAAGGAGCCUGAACCAGAGCCAGAAGAAGUGAAGGAGGAAGCUGUCCAGAUGAGGGCAGAGGUAUCGCUACAGUCCCAGUCACCCCAGAAGCGAGAAGAGUCUGUCCGAAUCGUUGAACCGGAAUCCACACGUUCGAGGACACCCGAGAAAAAGAAAACACCUCCUGCUGGUGCGACGCCAUCUCGUGGCACAGCCGAACGUGCGAAGAGUGAGGUGACCCCAGGCAAGGAGAAAGACAAGCCCAAAAAGCGAGCCAAGUCACCAUUUGGCUCAUGGGGUCGAAAAGGGCGUCCGAAGUCCCGUGAUGAAGAGCAUCCAUCGAUGUUAGAGCCUGUGUCGAUGGAACCUGGAGAAGAAGUCCACCAUGAGGGCGUGUUGUCAAGAAAGCAUGAGUGGGAAUCGACCACAAAGAAGGCAUCUAGCCGAUCAUGGGAUAAGGUGUACGCUGUCCUCCAUGGCAAAGAGAUGAGCUUCUACAAAGAUCAGAAGCACGCCAAGUCUGAUCCAAACACUCGCUACCAUAACGAGCCGGCAGUUGUUCUAGAUGCUGCCUCGUGCAGUGUUGCCACAGACUAUGUCAAGAGACACCAUGUCUUCAGACUAAAACUUAACAAUGGUGGAGAAUACUUGUUCCAAUGCAAGGAUGAUGAUGAAAUGAAUGUGUGGAUGACGAGAGUGAACAGCAGUCUUGGUGAUGGUGAAGGUCCCUCGCCGACACGGGCCCAGACCUUACCCGCCAGGCCUGAGUCUCCCAAAGAAUCAAAGAGACGGUCGUUCUUUAGUACGCUCGGGAAGAAAAAGUGAGAACAUUGACGCAAUGAGCUUUGUGUUGAUUGAUUGACGCUUGGGUGGAGGCAUUGGAUACUAUGAUCCUUAGUGCUACGUGUAGUAUAUAUAUUGCAUCAUUUCCAUUUAUAGUUUUGAAAGUAUCUCUGCUAGUCAUGCGGACUACGACUUCAUGCAGACUUGGUGUAUUCACAUUUAUGGGACAUUUACUGACUCCAGGUGUUUGUCCGUGGACCUAUUUGUAUCUGUAUCAAGCUUUGAUCAAUUACUUUGUUUGCAGAGGGCCACACGUAAAUUGGUCUCAAUGUGCUGGCCUAAUUCGGCAACGCAUUGUAUUACCUUCUAUUUGUUUCAUAUCCAUAAACAAUAAAUUAGUAUAUCACUCAUGACAUAGCGCCAAUCCAAACAUUAUCGCUUCAUUGAUAUCAAUCCAUUUUUAUGUGCAAUUAUUUUGUUAACGUAUGGUUAACUGAGCUUCUGUAGACAUUUUUGUACUUUCGAGUGGAUAAAUUUAUACACCAUGUGUGUACGAUAAUAAGAACACAUUUGCGAUUUUAUAUUAAAAGUUGUUGCGUUUAGUAACACUUGAGGAGCAUAGAGUCCAUUCAUGAAGAUGAGAUCUUAAAGAGAAGAUCAACCACGGCCUGUACAUCGUAAGGCUGGUGGGAAACUUUUAAGUUCAUGUAACCUUACAUUGUGACAUUAUUUCAAGAGCAGUCCACCUAUGCAACCAUCCAAAUCUCAGCUUGUACACACUUUAAAAGGACUGCCAACAACCUGUCACCCCUGUGCAAACGGAACAGACUGUACCAAGAACAAUUUAUUUUUGGCACAGGAGUGGACAGGUUGAACCCUUUCACUUUCUCAAAGGACACAACAUCAAGGCAAAAUAUAGCAAAAGUAGACAAUGCAGGAGUAAAUAUGAUUUUGCUGUGCUUGAUGGAAUAGUCCAUAGUUGUCAAGAGCUGUGAUACUAACCUAGCUCUGUCCUUUGAGAUAGUCAAAGGUGAGAGAAACCACUCUUACAAAAAUGUGGUCAAUUUCAUAGACCCCAAAACUUCUGUAUAAUUGUAGAUAUAUCUGCCCGACAUAUAAGGAAGUGUAGUAGUAAUAGUGCAUGUUUGUAAAACAAUUUGUUUCAAUUUUAUGUAUAGCAGAGUACAGUAUAUACCUGUCCACAGCUUAAAGCUACCUAAACUAUUCAAAUUUUGCGAAAGGUCCUGAACCUUCCACUAGAGGUCUUGUAUCAAUCACUAGAGGUGUUGUGCAUUCUCCAAGCUUGUAUGCUCCUCUGGAGAUCCUGUUCAGUCCACUAUAGAGGUCUGGUGCCUUCAGUCUUGUACUAGCCAGUCUGUUGUUUUCAAACGGUCUGGCAAGCCCUUGUGCAUAUUUGAAAUACUGAGUUGACAGCUGACAGCUGACAACUACGUGUAGAACUAAUUGCACCAACAACAAAAAUUGAGCAACUUGCAGAAAUGAUGUGAAAUGAAAGUGAGUGUCCGACUGGAAAUCGAACCCACGACCUCAGCAGAUAAUGCACAAUGACCCCUGUAUACCUGAAUUCGUAUCAAGUAUAAAUGCCAGGCCUUCUGAAAACAAUAGAUUUUGGAGGUUCUCUACUUUAAUGCAUGUAGAGAUUUAUGUGCCAUGCCUUCAUCUGAAGACCUAGAACCUUGUUCUACAUGCCGAGAUUAAGUAGCCGCAAUGAAAAUGGAAGUACCAUGACUUCCUCUGUAAAUUAUAUUGUUGGAUUAUCUGUCUAUUGUUGGAAUAUCUUGGGAGACUUAUAUCAGUGGAUUUUGCAUGAUUUGCUCUUUAUCAGAACAGCUGUCAGUGGGUAGGCUUCCGGGAUGGUAUUUACAACUUUAGCAGCAGCAUUCAUCAUAGUGUCUAAUUGUUAAACCCGUUUAAUUACUUUGUGUCAAGAUGUGAGAUGCUUCACCACUGUAGGCUUGCCAGUCACUUCAAGGAACUGUAGAUGUGCUAUAGAGAUCAGGAUUUGCUUUAAUAUGGCGUCUCACCGGCAUCGGAUUAUAUUUCUCCAGUUUUAUAUAAGAAGUGAAUUUUAGCCAGUAGCCAAAUAGCUUUUAUCAGAGACAACUGGAUUUUAUUAUUAAUAUUCGUGAAAUCACAUUUUGUUCUUGCAUUUAUUCCUUGCUUUGUGAUGUUCUAGUAAAAAAUGAUGCAACUCUAGCUUCUGGCUUGCUGCCUUCACAGACGGCCUGGGAGGCUCCCAUCUAUGGUUUUUGUAAUAUCAUGCUUAUAAUGGUACAAUAAAGGAACCUGAUAUGAA